ACCAAAACCGUAAUUUCGCUCUAUGACGUGGGCCCGUGCAACUGGAAUCCACAUAUACCCCAAAAAUCCGAAAGGCUCAGACACACUAUCCGCUGUGCGAUUUCGAGAUUAUCGAGAAAAGAUGGGCAGGAAGUUCUUCGUCGGCGGCAACUGGAAAUGCAACGGAACCUUCGAUGAGGUGAAGAAGAUCGUCAACAUACUGAAUGAGGGACAGGUUCCGUCGCAAGAUGUUGUGGAGGUUGUGGUUAGCCCACCGUAUGUUUUUAUUCCAGUGGUGAAGAGUUUGUUGAGGCCCGAUUUCCAUGUCGCGGCACAAAACUGCUGGGUCAAGAAGGGUGGUGCCUUCACUGGUGAAGUUAGUGCUGAGAUGCUAGUCAAUCUCGAGGUUCCUUGGGUCAUUCUUGGUCAUUCCGAAAGAAGACUUAUUUUGGGUGAAUCCAAUGAGUUUGUUGCGGACAAGGUUGCAUAUGCACUUUCUCAAGGUUUGAAGGUAAUAGCUUGUGUUGGUGAGACCCUUGAGCAGCGAGAAGCUGGCACUACUGUGGAGGUUGUAGCCGCACAAACCAAGGCAAUUGCAGAGAAAGUGAAAGAUUGGACCAAUAUCGUUUUGGCAUAUGAGCCUGUGUGGGCCAUUGGAACUGGGAAAGUUGCAUCUCCAGCUCAGGCUCAGGAAGUGCAUUCUGAAUUAAGGAAAUGGCUUCAAGCAAACGUCAGUUCUGAAGUUGCUGCAUCAACCCGGAUUAUUUAUGGAGGGUCUGUGAACGGUGCAAACAGCAAAGAACUCGCAGGUCAGCCUGAUAUCGACGGAUUUUUGGUUGGUGGAGCUUCUCUAAAGCCUGAGUUUAUUGACAUCAUCAAGUCUGCGGAGGUGAAGAAGAGUGCCACUUUUCCAUCUCUUAUCUGAAGAGUUGGACCUGGUGUCACUUUUACAUCUCUUAUCUGUGAGGUAGCGAAUAUUUUCCGUUCAAUUUUACGCCUACUUCUUUUGAGGAAAUAAUUAUGCGUCUUUGUUUUUUGGUUCAGCACCUGGAUAUGGGUUUCUCUGUAUUAAUAAAUGUUCUCAAGUGUUAUUGCUUUUUUCGCUCUCGA